CCAAAAACAGCUUCAGCAAAAAUUCCUCGCGUAAACUGAGUGAACGUAGCUAGGCGGUAUUCGCAUCCUAUUGUGCACCAAGUGGGGUUUUAUCAAUUAUCAAGCAUGUAGGUACUUGAAAACUACAUCAACAAUAUAAUGCAAAAAGCUCUAUAAAAGUUGAAGGUGGUAGCUUGAAAACAGUUGCCAGUGGACAUUCGACGCGAAAUAAUUCAUUAAAUCAUGAAACCCCUGGUUUCAGCUGUAGUUGUGUGCGUUGUUGCGCUGUUCGCACGAGCAAAUGGUCUGACUUUCUCAACUGACCCAACCAGCGACGUUUUGUCCACCGUCAGCACAUCCUUCCUCAGCGUCGCUUUGGAUACUGGCCUGAUCGCAUCUGCGGAUUUUUCCAACCCCACGUUCAGCAAACUGGUCAAGCUUCUGGCGCCCAUGCACUUUAGAAUCGGAGGAACUGCGGCUGAUGUUCUCAGCUUUGUGGAUGACUCCGACCUGGACACCACCUCCAAAGUAGGAGAUGAUCUGGUCUUAACAGCGUCUUCUUGGUUGAAACUGGCGGAGUUUGCCAAAAACUCGGAAGUCACCAUCCUGUUCGACCUCAAUUCCUUGCUGCGAAAUGAGGACGGGUCUUGGAACCAGGAAAACGCGGAGCAACUGAUCAAAUUUUCACGGGAACAUGAUAUAGAGCUGGACUGGGAGUUGGGGAAUGAGCCCGACUUGUACCAGGCGCUUUACAGUCGCGAAGUGAGCGCUUAUCAACUGGCUGUUGACUACCACAACCUUCGGGCCUUAUUGGACCAGUAUCAGUACGAUUCUUCUUUACUAGUGGGACCAAGUAUGUUUGAUGUGGGAAGCAGCGACAGCACCACGUCCUACCUGUGGAACUUCGUUUAUGAAGCUUCUUCUUCCAUCAGCGCAGUCACUUGGCAUCAAUAUUACUUCAAUGGGCGCGAUGCUACUGAAGAAUUGUUCCUCAAUCCCGAGACUUUUGAUUAUCUGAAACAGCGAACAGAAGUGGUUAAUGACAUAGUGGGAGCAUCCAAAAGAGUCUGGCUAGGUGAAACCUCUUCCUGCUACAACCAAGGAGCUCCAGGCAUGAGCGAUAGAGUCCUGGCUUCUUUCCUCUGGCUGGAUAAGUUAGGACUUGGUGCCCAACUGGGCUUGGAUGUUAUUGUGCGCCAAACCAUUUGGGGCUACAAUUACCCCCUAUUGGAUAGCGACUACAAUCCUAAUCCUGAUUGGUGGAUCAGCGCGUUAUACAAGAAGUUCGUAGGCCCCAAAGUACUCUCCAUUGAAAACGAUGGAGGAGAUUCACUGCCGGUAAGGCUGUACGCCCAUUGCGCUAAGCCAGACGAUCAAUGGGGAGACAAUGCUGUAGUAGUGUUUGGAAUCAACUUAGCGAACUCUACACAAAAAUUCAGCCUUUCAGGAUUCUCACCCGAAGUUAAAACUGACGGCAACCUUGGCUUCUUGUUCGAAUUAACUGCGGAAACCGAUCUGUAUUCUCAAUCGUUUCGCCUGAAUGGGGGACUUCUCUCCUUAACUGAAGACUUGGAACUGCCCGAUUUGGGAGUGCGAAUCAUAGAUAUGGAAAAAAUCUAUACAAUGGCAGCCCAUUCUUUGGCUUUCUGGUUAUUGCCCAACUCCCGUGUGCAAGCUUGCAAAUAACCGAUGUAUAUUUUAUAAUAGAUUUUUUACAUGUAG